CCGAGGCCCGCGGCCGGCGCCCGCUCCCGCGGCCUGCAAGCCCCGCCCUGAUUGGCUGCCGCCGGGCCCGCCUGCCCCCUUUGGGCCCUCGGGACGGCAACGGGGACAGCGCGGGGCCAUGGCCGGGAUCCGCAAGCUGGAGCUGGAGGAGGCCCUGGCGCUGGGGUCUGGCUGGCGGCACGCGUGCCACGCGCUGCUAUACGCGCCGGACCCGGGGACGCUGUUCGGCCGCAUCCCGCUCCGUUACGCCGUCCUGAUGCAGAUGCGCUUUGAUGGGCGCCUCGGCUUCCCCGGCGGCUUCGUCAGCGUGCAUGACGGCGGUCUGGAGGCCGGGCUGAACCGCGAGCUGACCGAGGAGCUGGGCAAGGCCGCAGCCGACUUCCGCGUGGAGCGCGCCGAUUACCGCAGCUCGCACGCGGGGCCCGGGACGCGCAUCGUGGCCCACUUCUACGCCAAGCGCCUGACGCUCCAGCAGCUGGUCGCGGUGGAGAUGGGCGCCCCGCGCGCCAAGGACCACGGGCUGGAGGUGCUAGGCCUGGUGCGGGUGCCCCUGUAUACCCUACGGGAUGGUGUGGGCGGCCUGCCUGCCUUCCUGGAGAAUUCCUUCAUCGGAGCUGCCAAGGAGCAGCUGCUGGAAGCCCUCCAGGAUUUAGAACUGGUGGAACCUGGUUCUUUUACAGCCCGGAAGAUCGCCCUACCUCGCUAGAGGCAGCCCUCUGUGGACAUGGAACCCGAGAUGAGGAUCUUGGUACAAAGGAGGGGAGACGGGAAUGGGGAAGGUUUUCUUUUCUGGGCCUGGGCCUGAUAGAUGAUAACACAUUAAAAGAAGUAUGUGCAGUAUAUUUGAGCAGAGGGCCCCCCCAGCAACUCUCAACAUCACAGCAAAAAUCUGCAGUUCAUCCCGGGGGCCCUGGCAAGUUCUCAGAGCCGGCCUCCUCUCUGUCCAUUUGCACACACACAGCAUGGCAGCGCCCAGGCACGUGAAUGUGCAGUCUGUGCCCGCAUACAAGCUGACGGCUCCCCACAACCCUCACGUGCAGUUAGCCAGGAAGUAGCACGUGUCAUCAGAGCCAUCUCCUUGUUGGGGAGGAGCCUCUGAACCAGGGGAGCGUCUCUGCCUACACACCUAUAUGGCUGUUCUCCAGGGUCUAGCCCAGCCCGUGCUUGCUGGAGAGGACAGAGAAGCAGAGGGCCCUUUCCCCCCGAAAAUGGUCAGAUCCUUGCCUGGGUGUUGGCAAAAGCAAAUACCCCUGAAAGGUGGUAGAGGGUCCUAACCAACCUCGUGCCCUCUUCUGAAACUGAGCAGAAGAGGUGAGAAAAAAUGGCUUGGUCUCCUUGGACUUGAGCCUUUGGAGUCCUGGUACAUCUCCUCCAAAACCGUCAUCUGGGACUCCUUAGACUGGGGACAUCAGAAGGGAAUGGACCCAGCCCUGGUCUCGCCCUGUCCUGACCAAAAGAGCCUGGAGUUAAAGAAGGGCUUAUAGCUGAGCCUCAAAGUCCUUCAGUUUUUUGGACAAAUAACCUAUCUGAGGUAUUGGAGAUCUAGGGAUGAGAGAGCACAGCUCUUGCUCUCCCCCGGGUUAAAGGGCUAAAUAGCAAAUAUUUCAGGCUUCGUGGGCCGCGUGGUCUUUGUAGCCUCUGCUUGGCUCUUUUGUUUCAGAAGUAGCAAUGAACAACACAUAAUGGGCUUAGCUGUGUUCCAGUAAAACUGACUUUAUAAAAGGAGGUGGCCAGCCUGAGGGCAAUAAUAUGUCAACGCUUGCUCUAGAAAGGACGAUAAGUAAUCAAUGUAAUUAUGAGGCCUAUUUAUUUGUUUCAUUUAUGUCAGUGUUAAGAAGGAAAUAAAAGAUUGAUACAGGUC